UAGACUGGAGCUUACUGCACUGACCACUGCAGUAGUGUAGACUAAUUAAAUUUUGGGCAGGGCUGACAUUCCAAACUGAAGUGAAAUGCCAUCCAAACCAGAGGAGCUGAAAAGAGCCUUUGAGACUGAGAGAACUUAUGAUUUUCAAUUGGUAUGGGAAAAAGCUGGUGUUCUGUUCUUUCAGGACGCUGGGACUCUAUUGGUAUAUAUUCUGUUAGGAAUCAGCCCUAAUAAGAUAGAUGAGAUUGAAGCAGAGGGCAAGCCUCCAAGAACUUGUCUACGGAAAGUAUUUGAUUGCUGGUUAAAGAAGGACUAUGACUAUAAGAGUCAUGGUGUCCCUACAUUAAGAAUGCUUUGUAACUCCAUUAAAAGUAAUAGUGGAGGAGCUGAUCCAGCUCUAGCUGAUGAAAUAGAAAAAGAAUAUACCAUUAAUCUUACUAGUAGUGGAGAGGCUACUACAUCACCAGUUAAUGCUUCAUCUUCUAAAGAAGCUACUCCAACUGUUGAGCUACCAACUCCUACUUCACCUCAAUUUGAGUCUUCAGUUGUUUACGUUAAGAAGAAAUCAAUUGAAUAUUCAUCAAAUAACCUGACACGAAUAAUUGGAGACCUAAAAGAAGUUUACCUUGAUAAUAUGUAUCAUACAGAGAAGUCCUUCUGCUCUCUUGACGUCUCAGAAGUUAUCAAUUUCAUUCAACAUUACAUUGCACUUUUACUCACUUUUGCCAGAGACGACUACACAUUAAAUGAUCUAUAUUUCUUUCACAAGCUAAUCGCUGAUGCACUUGAAGUUCCUCAAUAUAAAUUCUACUUUUGUACAAUUGAUGAUGACUGCAUGGAAUUAAAAUAUUCCAUUCCUGAUUUUCUUUAUUCUGUUCUCUUUCCAGCAACCAAUCAACAGUGUCAUUCAUUGGCUGAGAUUGAAAUCAUAUGUACAUAAAAAGAAGCAGUUGCCAGAUAAUGAAUUAAAGAAGCUUCAUGAUU